AUGGCGUUGGAAAUGGCCAACUUUGCCAAAAGAAAAUAUGACCCGGAAAACGAAGAGGACAUGAAUAGGAUACUUGAAAUGUUGUACAAUUCAGAAAUGUCAUGUGACAGCAGCGACGGCGACGAUCCGAGCCGGCACCCUCGUCCAGUAGCCGAACGUCGCGCAGAGUCGGACUCGCCAGAUGAAGAAAGCGAAAGUGGAGCCGAAGCCGCGAAAGAUGCAUCCAUGGUAUCGGAUGCUGCGAGCGACAAGUCAGCACGACGACAGAUCUGGAAGCGUCAGCCAUUCCAGUCGAAGCAGCUGCCCAGGGCACCAGACGAUCUUCACGCUCCAGAAGUUCGCACCCCAUUGCAGUACUUUAGGGAGUACUUCAGUGAUGAAUUUUUCGAAAAUGCGGCUAAAAAAACAAACAUGUACAGCACAGCGAACACCGGCCUGCCAAGUUACCUGGAGCUGACAAAAGACAUGACUGUUUUGACCACUGGCCUACUGUGGACAGCAUAUCCUCAGCCCGCUUUUGCAGGUUGGAAGGCUGCAGGUCACGCACAAGAACAAAAUGUGGCACAGUUAAGUGCCUCUGCUGCGGAGGAUGAGCUCAGCAUUACAGAACAUGAACAGUGGCGCCUAAAAGAAGCAAAAAGGCCUGAGCCUGAUGAGGUUCAGGUCAUGAGUCGAAUGGAUGCCUCCUUCAGCCGAAGAGCCACGGCGCUGGCAGAACUCCCCUCCAUAGCCACAGUGAAGGAGCGCUUCCCGUAUCUCAUGGAUUCCGCAAGGUUUUGUAGGGAAUACCAAAGACUUCAGGGUGAAGACCCUCUAUGUGGUACAUCAUCUGUAUUAAAGAAGACCAGGGAGCUUGCUGUGUCACGAAGAAUAAAAUGCAAAGAGGACCUCCUCCAGAAAAUAGAGGAAGCACCACCCCUCUCAUGCGGGGAAACACGUCGGAACCGUGGGCCUAGGAAACAGCGUGACGUCCUGUUCACAGACGAAGAAAUAGAGCACAGGUCCCUCUCUAGGAGGCGAGCAAAUAGCCACAAGGACAGACAAGCGAAGCCUGCACUAGACAGCCGGCGAGUUAAUGCUGAGUUUGUUGUCUCCAGCCAUUAUCCCCAACAGUGCAGUGACGCUUACGCAGUGACAACAGUGCGCUUCUGGCGAUACCAAGGGGCGCCCGCAGCGCCCCCAAGUGUUGUACCCGACACAAUGCCUAAUCCUUCUGACAUCAGAGAGAAUCCGUCCAUGGGGGCUGCAUGA